GGGCAGGGGUGGCGCGUAGCCGCGGGGACCCGGGCAACCGGAGAAGGAGCUGGAACCCGGCCGGGAUGAGAAGGUGACGCCGCUGGGGGGCGCCACUCGCUUUGUGGGGAAGAUGCUCGCCUACUGCGUGCAAGAUGCCACCGUGGUGGACGUGGAGAAGCGGAGGAGCCCCUCCAAGCACUAUGUAUAUAUUAUCAACGUGACCUGGUCCGACUCCACCUCCCAGACUAUCUACCGGAGGUACAGCAAGUUCUUUGACCUGCAGAUGCAGCUUCUGGAUAAAUUUCCUAUUGAAGGUGGCCAGAAGGAUCCCAAGCAAAGGAUCAUCCCCUUCCUCCCAGGCAAGAUCCUGUUCCGGAGAAGCCACAUCCGGGACGUGGCAGUGAAGAGGUUGAAACCCAUCGAUGAGUACUGCAGGGCACUUGUCCGGCUGCCCCCCCACAUUUCACAGUGUGAUGAAGUCUUUCGGUUCUUUGAGGCACGGCCUGAAGAUGUCAACCCCCCCAAAGAAGAUUAUGGCAGUUCCAAGAGGAAAUCAGUGUGGCUAACCAGCUGGACUGAGUCUCCCAAGAAGGACGUGACAGGUGCCGACACCAACGCCGAGCCCAUGAUCCUGGAACAGUACGUGGUGGUGUCCAACUAUAAGAAACAAGAGAACUCGGAGCUGAGUCUCCAGGCCGGGGAGGUGGUAGAUGUCAUCGAGAAGAACGAAAGUGGCUGGUGGUUUGUGAGCACGUCUGAAGAGCAGGGUUGGGUCCCUGCCACCUACUUGGAGGCCCAGAACGGCACACGAGAUGACUCAGAAAUCAACACCUCCAAGACUGGAGAAGUGUCCAAGAGACGCAAAGCCCACCUGCGGCGGCUGGAUCGCCGGUGGACCCUGGGCGGGAUGGUCAACAGGCAACAGAGCCGAGAAGAGAAGUAUGUCACCGUGCAGCCCUACACUAGCCAAAGCAAGGAUGAGAUCGGGUUCGAGAAGGGUGUCACCGUGGAGGUGAUUCGGAAGAACUUGGAAGGCUGGUGGUACAUCAGAUAUCUAGGUAAAGAGGGCUGGGCACCAGCAUCCUAUCUGAAGAAAGCCAAGGAUGACCUGCCAACCCGGAAGAAGAACCUGACAGGUCCGGUGGAGAUCAUUGGGAACAUCAUGGAGAUCAGCAACCUGCUCAACAAGAAGGCAUCUGGGGAGAAGGAGGCGCCGGCUGAAGGCGAGGGAUCUGAAGCCCCCAUCACCAAGAAAGAGAUCAGCCUCCCCAUCCUCUGCAACGCCUCCAACGGCAGUGCCUUGGGCGUCCCCGAGAGGACCACGUCGAAGCUGGCCCAGGGCUCCCCGGCCGUGGCCAGGAUCGCCCCUCAGAGGGCUCAGAUCAGCUCCCCAAACCUGAGGACAAGGCCGCCCCCGCGCAGAGAAUCCAGCUUGGGGUUCCAGCUGCCGAAGCCUCCAGAGCCCCCUUCUGUUGAGGUAGAAUACUACACCAUUGCGGAAUUCCAGUCUUGCAUUUCUGACGGGAUCAGCUUUCGAGGUGGACAGAAGGCUGAGGUCAUCGAUAAGAACUCAGGUGGCUGGUGGUACGUGCAGAUUGGGGAGAAGGAGGGCUGGGCCCCCGCCUCCUACAUCGAUAAACGCAAGAAGCCCAACCUGAGCCGCCGAACCAGCACCUUGACCCGGCCCAAGGUGCCCCCACCCGCGCCCCCCAGCAAACCCAAGGAGCCCGAGGAGAAUCCCACGGGUGCCUGUGAGAGCCAGGACUCCCCGCUGAAGCUUAAGUAUGAGGAACCCGAGUACGACAUCCCGGCCUUUGGCUCUGACUCAGAGCCUGAGCUGAGUGAGGAGCCCACAGAGGACAGAGGCUCAGGUGACAGGCGUCCUGCCCAGCCCCGGAGGCCCUCACCUGCCUCCUCCCUGCAGCGGGCCCGCUUCAAGGUAGGCGAGUCUUCCGAGGAUGUGGCCCUGGAAGAGGAGACCAUCUAUGAGAACGAGGGCUUCAGACCCUACACAGAAGACGCCCUGUCCGCCAGAGGCUCCUCUGGGGACAGCGACUCCCCUGGAAGCUCCUCAUUGUCUCUUGCCAUGAAAAAUUCCCCCAAAUCAGGUUCUCCCAAAUCAUCAUCGCUCCUAAAGCUCAAGGCGGAGAAGAAUGCCCAGGCAGAACUGGGGAAAAACCAGUCCAACGUCUCCUUCGCCUCCUCUAUCACCAUCAACACCACCUGCUCCUCCUCCUCCUCCUCCUCUUCCUCUUUGUCCAAGAACAGUGGUGACACAAAGCCACGCUCCGCCUCAGAUGCAGGCAUCCGUGGCACCCCCAAGGUCGGGACCAAGAAAGACGCCGAUGCGAAGGCCGGGCUGGCCUCCUGUGCCCGAGCCAAGCCGUCCGUCCGACCAAAGCCAGUCCUGAACCGAGCUGAGUCUCAAAGCCAGGAAAAGAUGGACAUCCGCUCCUUACGGCGCCAGCUGAGGCCCACAGGCCAGCUCCGGGGGGGCCUCAAGGGCUCUAGGAGUGAGGACUCAGAGCUGCCCCCCCAGACAGCCUCUGAGGGAUCCAGGAGAGGCUCUGCUGACGUCAUUGCCCCCCCAGCCACCACUCCCCCAUGCGCUCCCAAGAAGGAAUGGGAAGGGCAGGGCGCCACCUACGUGACGUGCAGUGCCUAUCAGAAAGUCCAGGACUCCGAGAUCAGCUUCCCUGUGGGCGCCGAGGUGCACGUGCUGGAAAAGGCAGAGAGUGGGUGGUGGUACGUGAGGUUUGGGGAGCUGGAGGGCUGGGCUCCCUCCCACUAUUUGGUGCCCGAGGAGAACCAGCAAUCUGACGCCGCUGGCAAAGAGCCAGACACAGUAAAGAGCACUCAGAAUGAAGGCAAGUCGGACAGUCUGGAAAAGAUCGAGAAGCGGGUGCAGGCGCUGAACACUGUGAACCAGAGCAAGAGGGUCACCCCACCCAUCCCCUCUAAGCCUCGGGGGUUCGGCAAGACCUCGGGCACCGUGGGGGUGACGAUGAGGAACGGGGUGCGGCAGGUGGCAGUCAGGCCCCAGUCUGUGUUUGUGUCUCCACCACCCAAGGACAAUAACCUGUCCUGUGCCCUGCGGAGGAACGAGUCACUGACGGCCACUGACAGCCUUAGGGGCGUCCGCAGGAACUCCUCCUUCAGUACUGCACGGUCAGCAGCCGCCGAGGCCAAGGGCCGCCUGGCAGAGCGGGCUGCCAGCCAGGGCUCAGAGCCCCCCCUGCUGCCUACACAGCGCAAUGGCAUCCCCGUCUCCCCUGUGCGUCCUAAGCCCAUUGAGAAGUCUCAGUUCAUCCACAACAACCUCAAAGACGUGUACGUCUCUAUUGCAGACUACGAGGGGGAUGAGGAGACCGCCGGCUUCCAGGAGGGGGUGUCCAUGGAAGUGCUGGAGAGGAACCCCAACGGCUGGUGGUACUGCCAGAUCCUGGAUGAGGUGAAGCCCUUCAAGGGCUGGGUCCCCUCCAACUACCUUGAGAAGAAAAACUAACAGACACUGGGUCCCUCCAGACUCAGUGCGCUGCUCUCGCCGCCGUGGUGGCGUGCAGACAUGGGGAAGGACGGGGGGAGGGGGGAGGGGGGCGACGAUGAACCCUGCGGAAUAUGUGACCCCCGAAGACACCCUCCAGCUGGAAGGGGGGGUGUGGUGGGUGCACACACUUGGUAGGAGAAAGGGAAUAGCAGGGUCGUCCUGGGCCCGGAACCCCCGCAUGCGCACUGAUGACUUUGCUGAUGGACCAUAUGCCGUUAGUACAGGCCAUGUGGGAGAGCCCGAUUGUGCCUUUGCUGCAGCUCUGGAAAAGAUGUCAUGAGGUGUGUCCAGGGUCCUGCCCCUGCCUCUGGAAGUCACCCUUGUGUUAUCCUAAUGAUGUGUUUGGCAUUGUGUUGGUUUCUAGUCCACCACUGACCACUGGUGGGUGUCUGGAAGACCACCAGCUCUGGGGCUUGGCGGUGUCUCCUAAGAGCUCAGCCCUUUCUGGAGCCAGGCCACAGCCUAUUUGGUAGCUAAGAGUUCCCAGAUGCCAACAAGGACUGCCUGCCUUUGCUGUGCUGACCUGGCCCUGGGAAGAGAGCCUGCCCUCCUCAGGGCACAUGGAGGAAGGACACUGGGAAUUGACCUAGAGGAUGGGGUGGUGCCGGGCUCCUCAUAAUCUAGAAUUGUUGAGGAGUUCCUAGUAGGCAGUUCCUUGUGCAUGUUUGGGAAGGGGUUAUUGGUUUGGAGGUUAUAAAUCGGGCGUUUGGUUUAGGGUUUAUUUUAGAAAUUGUUUGGGGGCCCGAAGGUCUCAGCCUCACAUAGGAGAGGGCGUAGUGGUGGGUGGGGUUUUCUGUUGAAUUUCACCGGGAUGUUUUAUUUAGAUUUUGGUUUAACGUUUUUUUUGCCUUUCCAUAAGCCAGGCUGUUUGUUUAGGUACCCACUGUGUGCACAGUGCCCUAGCAGGGCACCUCACCAGGGAAUUUGGGACUGGGUAAAGCCAGGUCCUGGGCUCGGUGAAACAAUGUUCAGGUUCCUGCCCAAGAGGGAGGGGGGCAUUGUUAGAAUCCAGGCUGCUGGGUGACUAGUCUGCCUGCUUCUGCCCACUUUCCCCAACCUAGGCAGGGCCCAAAGAAAGCCUUACUAUGGAGAAGUCACCACCAAUCCUGGGCAGAAGGGACCCUGGCUGGGUCAGCCUGGAGCGGACACCCUCCCCCACUGUGCCCCUGAGCCUGCUGGCGAUGCUACAGGUGCCCAAGAAUAUGGAGGACUUCGAAGCCAGGAACCAACUCUGUCUUCCCAAGGGGCAGUGCCCCAGGGGACAGAAGCAAAAGAAUGGAGUUCACCACAGCCCUCUGUCAGUUUGGGGUUAUGAUUUCAUGAUUGACAUUUCAGAGGGGACCCUCCAGAGAGGAGCCCAGUGGGUUUCCUCCAAGGAUUCCCUCAUGCUGGGAGUGGAUUCCACAUGUGCCUUUGAUCUGGGACAGAUCCUGCCUCACAGUCUCUGGCUGAGCUACCAGCAUCCUCCCAGCCAAGGGCUGCUGGUCCCGACGGACGUGGGAGGAAGAGUGCCCCUCGGCCCUCCUCCCAGGCAGGUCUGCCUUCAGCUCCCAACCCUAACCUCCUGGAUUCCCAGCCCAUGUCCCUCCCACAUGCGGACGCAGACCGCUAGCCUCCUUUGUCAAAAGCCCAUGGUGACAUUGUUCUAUUUCCUUUUCUGUGUUCCUGAGUUUGUUUAAAAUUGAAAUUAGUUAUUUUCUUCUGCUGGACAGUAUUAAAUAGAGCGGGAUGUUGAGUUAAUUUGCUAGGUUGCAGUACUAAUGGUAGUGGUUUAGUGUCUUCAUGAUAUUAUUUGUACUUAUUUGAACAAUAAUGAUAAAGAAGUGGUUCAUUAUUUCUUAAUUAAUGCACUUUAAAUGAGGUGGAAUGGAAAGAGAACCCGGGGAGCGAAGUGCAUUACUUAAAGAUGCAGUAUAUACCCUUCUCAUUUUAAAACAGCACAUAUUUAUUAAAAGAAGAAAAAGUAAUUUAUGACUAUUUAAAAUAAAAUUUAAAAGGAGAGUGACUGUCAGGUGAAAGGACCUUCCACGUAGCUGUCUGCCAGGGGGAUGGCUCACGCCUCACUCCUCAGCUGUCUGCAUUGAGCCAGCUCCAUGAUUAGUAGGCCAGCCAGGCACAGAGCAUCUCAGUUGGGCUGGACCACCGAGAUCCCAGAGCUGCCUUUUCCCACCGUCCCCGCCCUCUGCACUAUGUCCUUCUGUCUGCACCCCAAAGACCUUCUCCCAACUCCUAGUGUCCUGAAAUCAGACUCCUUAAAAGCGGGACUGGAAGGGACCUUAGAGGUCACCCCAUCCCAUCUCUUCUUACUUCAGCCCAAGGACAGGAAAUGACUUUCCCCAAAUCACCCAAUUAAUGUCAGGUUUACCCACUGCAUUUAAUCCUGCGUUCCUCUCCUGUCCCUUUGUUUAUGUGUGGUCAUUGUGUUUACAUUGUAACAUCCAGCCCCAAGGAUGGCUGGGAGUUGCUCAGGCAUCUGGGAAAAGUGGGGAAUGUUGCCACCUAGUGUCAGGAUGUAGACUUGGUCAACGGAUAGUGAUAGCCAAGGUCCCUCACCACCAGCCCAAUGGGCACAGCACAAACCCUACAAGCCCAAAAGAAUACUUGAAACAAGAAGGGUGCAUGCCAGGCCUUGUGUCCCUGGAUCCUAGCCCUGCCCAGGCAAGAGGGCCUUUCCCUGGAGCUAAGGAGCUGCUUUGUGACCCUGACUGUGGCAGCAGUGGAGGAGGGGGGGCCUGGGACUCUGACCCAUCUGGAGGAAAACCAGAUCGGACUAAAGGAGAAAAAAAAAGUGGAAUCUCAGCAAUGUCCAAACCUAGUUUUCCAUUAGUUAUGAUUGAAAAUGUGAAAUGACAUUGUAUUGCUGUAUACUGCAACUUUAAUCAUAAUGAGCCCUUCUGAGGUCAUUAUUGAGGUUUAUAUAAUGCCCGAAGAUGCAUCAUUUGGUGCUUUCUUUUUCUUUCAGUUUCAAAACCUUUUCUUCUAUUACAGGUUGGGGGGGAAAGUCUUCAGACCUUACUCUUCCUGUCACUGGUAGGCCUGGCUACACUGCCUGGCUCCUCUGUGUUCUCAUAGUGGGGCAACAAGAGAUAGCUGGGGGGUUGUCCAUCAGCAGCCAGUUCCUGUCUGCCUUGUGACCCCCCCCCCCUUUGCAGCCUGGGUUCUAUUUGCAAGGCCUUAACCCUUCCACCCCAGCCUGGCCCCAAGGGUUCCUCUUUCUCACUCCUAAUGGACGAAGGCAUUAUAUAGAAUCAUUGUAGCCACUUUGAGAUGUUAGAGCCGCGUAUUUUACUGGCAUUUAUAUCCAUUGCUUUCCUCAGCAAGGCAUGUUACUACUUUUCUCGUCUAAGGAAAAAAGACGAGGGAAUUUCAGCCAAACAUUAUUUUCAUAUGACUAGUACUUGCAGAGUAGGCGUAGAGCUAUUUAAGUUGUAGUGUUCUGUUUUUAGGAGGAAGGGAAAGGUGAAAUCAGCCCUGCUUCUCCUCCUGGGUUUGACUAAUCUAUAGCUUCUUUAAGGUUACUCACUUCCCCAUUCCCUCCAAAUACUUUGCAUUCUCAAUGGAAAAUGGAAACAAUCUGAGACAGAAAAAGUGCAAUAUUACCCAGAGGGAUGUGGGACAGAGUGGAGGGAGACCUUGUUGAAUCUGUGGGCAAUAGGAGGGGCCUCUGGGAGGAGUCAGGACCGUGGAGCACGUGGGUGGGCCAUGGAUUUGAUCUCUAAGCAGGCGACCGUCUUACCUCCUCCCCACUUCCCUGCCAUGAAGAGAGGGGUAGUCACCAGAGGACAGCCCACUAGUGUCCACCUAGAAGAAGGGGUCUGGGGAAGUGGCAUGGCGCUCUUGGCCUCGAGCCCAGUCUCCAGAGCAGAACGAGGCUGUCCAAUACCCACUCCCGUUUGCAUUCCCCUCCUGCAGCCAGCUACUCAGAGAGACCCGUCUAGAAGCGAUGCCCAGCAGCCCUCUCUCCCCAGCCUCCUGAUGUGUGGGCUCUGAUGCUCUGGAUGUGUGUUUGAGUCUUUCUAAAACUAUGGAACCUCAGUUCAGCUUAUGGACAGGAAUCCUGGCUGUAAGCAAACUCAUUUGGAGGGUGGGUGCUUUAAACCCUUCAUACCCAGUAAGACCCAAUUCCUACAGGCCUACAGUAGGUCUGGGGCUGAGUCCCGGCCACCCAUUCAUCUCAGUGACGUGGCAAAGGCAUGAGCCCUGCCUCUGACAACAGAAACCCCCAUGACAGGUACACACCAGCCUCCCUUCACGUCCAUCAAGGAAAGUGGCAAGCUAAGAUGUUUUCUGGGGGGUGGGGAACAAGUCCCAGGGCUCAGCACCACCCCCACCCCGGGUAGCACAGCCUUGCUGGUGUGUCCCCUCCCUGUAGUACUGUUAGGCCUGCUGCUCCGACCCACCUUUGUGUGAAUUUCUAUACAGAGAGGGAGAGGGACCAGGCCCCUUCUGGGGUCUCUCCCUUGGAAUAGAUAUGGCUGCAGAGCUGACCAUUGGACUAUCAAUGCAGCUCUCUGGAGAGACAGCAGUCCACAUCACUAACCAAUUAAGAUUCCCUCGCUUUUUUGAGGGCUGAGAGAGCAAUGUUUGUGUGCAUGUGUGUUGCAUGUGUGUGCGUGUGUGUGUGAUGGUGGUGGUAAUUUCCACGUACAUGGAUAUUACAUGAGUGCGUGUGUGUGUGAGAGAGAGAGACUGGUGGUAAUUUCCCACUUGAACUAAAUAGCAUGGGGCUAGAGGAAAUAAAUACAGGGCAGGAGGUCUCCAUUGAACUAGUCCUGGGCAUUGGGCAGGUCCCACGGGACUCUCAGCUUCUGGCAGCAAGUGUGUGUGUCAUUCACACAACUCUGGCUGGAGAGUGCAAUGUGUCUUUUAAAUUUGUCUUUGUAAUUAGUUUUAUUUAGUUGGAAACUUCACACUGGCGUUAGCAGAUCUAAUGGAAGCAGCCCAGGGCGGCCCCCAGGCACCAAGAUGAAGACAUGGAAUAGAUACUGAUGAGUAUGGAAGUGCUGAGGUGGUUAAAUUCGUGGACCCACGUUCUUGGCAUGAGAAUCCCGGGGACCCAAGAGCUGCUCGCUGGGCUCUGCUUUGUUCCUGAGGGAGAGGCAGGCUGGGCAGCGUAAGAACUACUCCUGGUAUGACUAGGACCUGCGGGCGUCUGCACAGCACUGCCUCAUCCCCACUGCAAGCCUCGGGUGCUUCCUGGGAGUCGGGAGGGCUUCUCAAGACCUUCUGAGGUUUUUGUCUAAAUCCCAUUUGGGGCGGUCUCAUGUCCCUGUGUUUCAAAGUCUGUGAUUAGAGCCAGAUAGGACAGGGUCAGUGACCUUUGGCCUUAGCAUUGCUUUUAACUACUGCCUUGUUCUGUGCAUCUGGGCCCCCAGGCCACAGAGUGGGCACAUUGGUGCUUGGAGAUUGAAUGGAAGGGUUUCCUUUCCAACGCCUUGUGGCAGGUGACAUCCCCCUCUUCCCCAUCUUGUCUAAAUCUCAAAUGACCUUGACAAUAAGUACCCCCCCCCCAUCGCAGUCUAGGACCUAGUGGCCUUAGAGCGGAGUCCCCCGGUGCUGAAGGUCCCUACCUUACUCCAAGUCUCAUUCUGGACAAUGGGCUGUGUCUUUGGAAGUGUGAGGGAAUUGUGUUAGUGCAAAAGGAUGUAUCUUGCAUGUUGGCAAGCUAGUGGGAGGCAUGUUGGCAAGCUGAGUAUGUUUGUGGUUACCGGGGCUUCCCGUCCCUGCACUGGGAGGAGGCUUCCAGAAGUUGCCUUUUAGCAGAGAAGGUAUGGGAAAGCUGAACAAGGAAGGGUUUGGAGUUGUGCCGUCUUUACUGAUGGAAGAAGGAAGGAGUCACUUCAUGUUGGAAAAUGACGAGAUCAGGUUUACAGGGAUUUUUGUUACUCACCAGCCAAGAGUCCAGCCAGAGGAAACUCACUCGCUGGGCCACAGCCGGGCUUCCAUUUUCAUGGACUGUCUUAGGGAAGAGGUGCCAUAAGCCAUAGGCCAAUGUUCGGGUUUGGGGGCCCUUUUCCAGGAGACAAAUCUGUCCCCCAGAUUCCCAGUAGUUUUUGCCCAAUGCAUUUUGUCCAAUAUAGAGCUAGCCAGCCUGUCAGACUGUACAAAUCAGAGGCCACUGACCAUAACAGGCCACACAGUAGGGACCCAGCAUCCCCACACUAGAACUUAAGAGCCCAGGCGUGUCCAGGAGGUAGGUGGCCUCAUGUUGACACAGGACACUGUCCCCAAGACUCUAACAGAACCUGGGGUUCUAACUGCCAAGUUGGCCGCCUGCUGCCAAUCAGACCAGGUGGAGCACACCAACAUCCCCACAGAUGCUUUUUGUUUUCCAGUGGCUUCUACUGAGGCACACCGCUUGAGUUUACUUCAAAGGGUACACAGUUACCCUUCUUAAAUUUACAACAGAGGAUGUGGGUGUCCCUACGAGUUACUGAGAGGUCUGGAAGGUGACUUGUAAGGCAGAUGUGAGUGGCCACUCUCGCAGCGUGGAUAUGUGGACUGUGCCGUGGGAGCAAACAGGUGGAUGUCCCUGGGACUCCUGAAUCACAGGGAUUUCUCGUAGUGUCCACUCAUCCCUGGCCAGCUCAGUGGGGUCAGCAGGAGCCCUUCCCCAGGUUCUCCCUCCCCACCUCAGCAGAGAAACAAAGACAUUGGAUGCAGUCAGGGUCCAUGCAAGUGCUGACCUAUCUCCAGGAUCCUCGGUGGUGCUAAACUAUCUCCAUGUUUCUCACAAUUCUAAUAGUGGGUGGUUUUUAUAAGCCUCAUCACAAACAUGCAGUGUCCUUGGGGGAGGGACGCGGCCCCCGGGACCUGCCACUUUCUGGGCGUCCUUUAUCACUUUGAAGGGAUUCUUUGGUCUGUAGGAAUGACCUGUCUUGGGAUGCUUCUAGACUUUAAAAUUUGGGUUGUUUUGUUUAAUAUUUUGUUUAUGUUUACAUGCAUCUUGUAUUUCCCUAAAAACUAAAUAAAGUUUUUGGCCUUUUUAACUGAA